AUGGGGGUAGAAACCGAAAAAAAAGAGCAAGCUCCGUCCAAGGACGCUCUUGCCGCAGCGAGCUCGCCGGACGAGGCCGUCGAAGAUGAGGGAGGCGCAUUCAAGGCCUACUGUCGUAUCUUCACGUUCGGGGGACCGUUUGAAAAGACUCUGCAGGUCGUUGCGCUGACUUGUGCCGUGGCCUCCGGUACCGCUAUGGCCCUCCAGACCGUAAUCUUUGGCACCUUCGUCACCACCAUGCAAGACUUUGCCACGGGUCAGUCCUCGCCUGCUCACUUCCGCGGUGAAUCCGCAAAGCUCGCCCUCUACUUCCUCUACCUGGGCAUCGGUAGAUUCGUCCUUUCCUAUCUCUACAUCUCUCUGACGACGCUCUGUGCCUAUCGAAUCACGAGGAAUAUCCGCCACAGCUACCUGCACGCUGCGCUCCGACAGGAAAUCGCUUUUUACGACAUUGGCUCUGGUGGCUCCAUCGCGACCCAAGCCAUCUCCAACGGACGCCUGAUUCAAGUUGGAAUCGCCGAGAAGCUUGCCCUGACGUUCCAGGGCUUGUCCGCCUUCGUCACCGCAUUCAUCAUCGCCUUCGUCACGCAAUGGAAACUCACCCUCAUCGUCUGCUGCGUCGCGCCAUUGAUCCUAAUUGUCACUGGUGUGGUGUCGGCGAUCGAGGCCGCCAUUGAGACCAAGAUACUCAACAUCUAUGCACAGGCUGGGUCCUUUGCCGAGGGCAUUCUUUCGAGUGCCCGCACCGUUCACGCCUUCGAGAUCCGGAUGAGGCUGGUCCAGAAAUUUGACAGGUUCCUCGAGGAUGCUCAUCGUCUAGGAAAGAAGAAAUCUCCCCUUUUCGGCAUACUCUUCUCCGUCGAGUACUUCAUCAUCCACGCCGGCUUCGCCCUGGCUUUUUGGCAGGGCGUUCACAUGCUGGAUCGUGGCGAGAUUACAGACUCUGGAGACAUCUUUACCGUCCUCUUGUCAGUGGUCAUUGGUGCUACCAGUCUGACCAUGUUGGCACCGUACUUUAUCGAGUUCACCCGCGCUGCGUCGGCCGCCGCUCAGCUCUUCAAACUCAUUGACCGAAAAUCAGAGAUAGAUGCCUUGGACAAGUCUGGUGAGAAGCCCACAGAGACCACCGGUGUUGUGGACUUGGAGAACAUCACCUUCGAGUAUCCCACCCGUCCUGGCGUUACGGUGCUGAAUAACUACUCUCUACAUGUGCCUGCGGGCAAGGUGACGGCGCUCGUGGGGACCAGUGGCUCUGGCAAGAGCACAAUUAUUGGCCUGAUCGAGCGAUGGUACAACCCCAAAGCCGGCACCAUCAAGCUUGACGGCGUGCCCAUCGAGAAACUCAAUCUCAACUGGCUGAGAAAGAAUAUUCGCCUGGUUCAGCAGGAACCCGUCCUGUUUCAGGGAACUGUGUUUGAAAAUAUUGCCAACGGGCUUGUUGGAACCCCAUGGGAGAAUGCACCUCGUGAGGAGCAGCUGCGGCGUGUGCAAGAAGCCGCCAAGAUCGCGUUCGCUCACGACUUUGUCUCGCAACUCCCCGAGGGCUACGAAACCAUGAUUGGUGAACGCGGAGGUCUCCUGUCAGGUGGGCAAAAACAGCGUGUUGCCAUCGCUCGCAGUAUCGUUUCAGAACCGAAAGUGCUCCUCCUGGAUGAAGCCACCAGUGCACUGGACCCCCAUGCUGAAGGGGUAGUGCAACAGGCUCUGGACAAGGCAUCCGAAGGCCGUACGACGAUCGUUAUCGCCCACAAGCUGGCGACAAUCCGUAGGGCAGACAACAUCGUGGUUAUGAGCAAGGGCGCCAUCGUCGAGCAGGGUACCCACGAUGGACUGCUUCAGCAGGACGGGGCCUACACUCGUCUUGUGAAGGCGCAGAACCUGCAUAUCUCCGACGAAGGGUCCAUCACCGAGACAGAGGAAGAGGGGGAAACCGCUCCGAAAGGGCACAUUGAACUCACCAAGACCAUGAGCCGCUAUCGAACCACAGAUCAAGCACGUAUCGAUGCCCAGAAGGAGCGAGACAACUACGACCUCCACAAGCCGAAGGGCCUGAUCGGCGUCGUCAUCCGCAUGGUACGCGAGACUCCAGAGCUGAAGUGGGCCUAUAUUUGGACCCUCAUUGCCAUAGUUGUCUCCGUCGGCGCAUUCCCUGGCCAGUCUUUGAUUAUCGCGAACUUGGUCAACGUAUUCACUCUCACGGGCUCCGAGAUGGUAACUAAAGGAAACUUCUACUCCUUGAUGUUCUUUGUCGUGGCCCUCGGCGUACUUGUCUCCUACUUCACCAUGGGUCUGAAUACAAAUGCGAUCGCCCAGGGGUUGAAUCACAAGCUCCGGAAGCAAUGUCUCAACAAUUUCCUUCGGCAAGAUCUCCAAUUCUUCGACCGCAGAGAAAACAAUACCGGAGCGUUGGCGAGCAAACUCGAUUCCAACCCCCAAGCCAUUUUGGAGCUCAUGGGAUUCAAUAUUGGCUUGAUCUUAAUCUCGACCUUCAAUGUCGUUGCUUGCGCUAUCCUGGCCAUCGUCACAACCUGGAAACUUGGCGUGGUUGUUGUUUUCGCUGGUCUACCGCCGCUCGUCAGUGCUGGUUACGUCAAGGUUCGCCUUGAAACCAAGCUCGACGGCAGAACAUCUAAGCUCUACUCUUCGAGCGCCGCUGUUGCGUCGGAGUCGGUCUUGGCCAUCAGGACGGUGUCUUCCUUGGCCAUUGAAGAGGCUGUCUUGAAAAAGUAUACCGAUGAGCUUGACCGCGCUGUCAGGUCCUCAACUGCGCCGCUCUUCACUAUGACGAUUGCCUUCGCCCUGACACAGUGCAUCGAGUACUUUUUUAUGGCCCUCGGUUUCUGGUAUGGGUGUCGGCUGCUCUCCUUCCAGGAGAUUAACAUGUACCAAUUCUUCGUGGCGUUUAUGGGGACUUUCUUCUCCGGGCAGGCUGCUUCCCAGCUAUUCCAGUAUUCGAGCAGUAUGACCAAGGGCAUCAACAGUGCAAACUACCUGUUCUGGUUGGACGACCUGCAGCCCACUAUCCAGGAGACGCCUCAAAACCGUGACGCGGCGCCCAAGGCUGGUGCCACGCUCGGUUUUGAGCAGCUUCGCUUCUCGUACCCGUUGCGACCUGAGGCGCAUGUCCUUCGUGGUAUCGAUCUCGAGGCAAGUAGCAUCACGAAUAUCAAGAAGGGCCAGUUCGUUGCUCUUGUGGGGGCCUCUGGUUGCGGCAAGUCCACAAUGAUUGCCAUGCUCGAACGCUACUACGAUCCGACGACGGGCACGAUCCGUGUUGAUGGCGACGCCCUCUCAGAGCUCAAUCCUCGCCUGUACCGUCGUAUGGUGGCACUAGUCCAACAGGAGCCGACCCUGUUUCAGGGCAGUAUUCGCGAGAACAUUGCGUUGGGUAUCGACGCCAACUCCAUUACCGAUGUGCCGGACGCGCAGAUCGAGAUGGCCUGCCGUGCAGCCAACGCCUGGGACUUUGUCUCUUCGCUUCCCGAGGGCCUCGCGACCCCCUGCGGGAGCAGCGGUAUGCAGUUGUCGGGUGGCCAGAGGCAGCGGAUUGCCAUUGCGAGAGCACUCAUUCGCAACCCGAGGAUCCUGUUGCUUGACGAGGCGACGAGCGCCCUUGACACGGAGUCGGAGAAGAUUGUGCAGCGUGCCCUCAACGACGCCGCUCGCGACAGUGAGCGAAUUACGAUCGCUGUCGCCCAUCGACUGUCAACUAUCAAGGACGCGGACAUGAUCUGCGUGUUUUAUGGAGGGAGGAUCGUGGAGAGGGGCACGCAUUCGCAGCUUGUUACCAAGGGUGGCAUGUACGCGCAGAUGUGCGAGGCCCAGAAUCUCGAAUAG